AGAUGCACUAGAAAUUCAGUGAGCACCCCUAAAAUUAUUACAGUGUGCAACCAAAGGAUUCUUCUUCAUUUUAGAAGCUCAGCUUUGUUGCUAAAACCCUUACUUGUCUUCAACAAUGUUUGGGAUUGCUUCUAAACCAUCUUAGAGAGAGUCUUGAUUUUCUGAUCUUGUGGGCAAAUAAUCUCCAUGAAAAUUUCCACAGUCAUCUUAUCCUUGUUGAAAAUGAGCAUAGUUGCUAUAGAAUCUUGCCCUAGUCCUAAGAACAGGUAUAUCAAAAAGGGGUUGUGUUGUCAGAGAAAAUGAUGCUGGCUCCUUCUCUCUGUUCACACAUAUGAAGAGCCUGUGGCUUCACCUUCUGUUACUGGUUUGUGUGAAAUUUCUUCAAGGGGUUUAGUUGAAAAAGAGGUAAUGUAUAUAAAAUACCUGGAAUAUAGUAGGUAUCCAAUAUUUUUCUGCAAUAAAAGCACAAUAUAAAAUAUAUAAACAUAUGAAUCAAGCUUGAUAGGGAAGCCAUUUUUUUAACAAGCCACAUUUCCCUCAAACAGUACUGCAGAAUACAAAAAUUCUGAGGUAAUGAGUGGAAAUCAAAAGUUGAACUCAGUUUUAUUACACUUUUGCACAAGUGGAGUUCCAGAACAUUCGCCCCAAAAGCAGUGACUGCGGGAGAAGGAAGCCUGCUGUUUGAUCACAAGGCUCAGCUAUAUACCUUUCCAUCAUUUCAAACCCCGGGGGUGGUGGGGGGAAACUUAAAAAGCGUAAGAAUCUGGCUUCACUGCAAGCCUCCACUCAGGGGCAAUUACUGUCAGAUUUACAAUGUAGAUAAUUGUGAGCGGAUGCGAAGAAAUGGUACUUUCCCCACCUGCAUUUGAUAAAAGAAAGAAUAUCUACCCCCCCUCCUUUUUUUGGAACAUGGACUGGCCCGUUGUGUGUUUAACUAGUAAGUGAAGCAAGAAGGGAGGAGAGAGUGAGUCUGCUACACACUGUCCUUGUCCCCGAUGUGUGUCUCUGGAGAGAUGCACAUCACCUUAGCCUAGCUUCCAAAAGAAGCCUGGUAGGUGACCCAGGGAGGCAGGAGCCUCAGUCUACCUGGCUGAGGUCUGGUGUGUACAAAGCCUUCUUAGUUUGAAGCCCAGAAUUCUGCCCAAUUACACCAAGGAACAGAAGCAAGGAGCCUGGAGUAAGGCAGGUGACAAGCAUUAUCACCCCAGCUGUGCACGAUGCAGCAGAUGCAACCAGAUGUUCACAGAAGGAGAGGAAAUGUAUCUUCAAGGUUCCACCGUUUGGCAUCCCGACUGUAAACAAUCUACCAAGACAGAGGAAAAGCUGCGGCCUACCAGGACGUCCUCUGAGAGUAUUUAUUCUAGACCCGGUUCCAGCAUCCCUGGCUCACCAGGUCACACUAUCUAUGCAAAAGUAGACAACGAAAUCCUGGAUUACAAGGAUUUAGCAGCCAUUCCCAAGGUCAAGGCAAUUUAUGACAUUGAACGCCCAGAUCUCAUUACCUAUGAGCCUUUCUACACCUCAGGCUAUGAUGACAAACAGGAGAGACAGAGCCUUGGAGAGUCUCCAAGGACUUUAUCCCCUACUCCAUCAGCAGAAGGCUACCAGGAUGUUCGGGACCGGGUGAUGCACCGGUCCACCAGCCAGGGCUCCAUCAAUUCCCCUGUGUACAGCCGGCACAGUUACACUCCAACCACGUCACGCUCUCCCCAGCAUUUCCACAGACCUGAUCAAGGGAUCAACAUUUAUCGAAAACCACCCAUCUACAAACAGCAUGAUGCAGCUGCCUUGGCAGCCCAGAGCAAGUCUUCUGAAGAUAUCAUCAAGUUUUCCAAGUUCCCAGCAGCCCAGGCACCAGACCCCAACGAGAUACCAAAGAUUGAGAUGGACCAUUGGCCUGGUCCCCCCUCACUUGCCGCCGUAGGAACUGACAUGAGGCGCAGAUCUAGUGGCAGAGAGGACGAUGAGGAGGAAUUCCUGAGACGCCGGCAGCUUCAAGAAGAGCAAUUGAUGAAGCUUAACUCAGGCCUGGGGCAGUUGAUACUGAAGGAAGAGAUGGAGAAGGAGAGCCGGGAAAGGUCAUCCCUGUCAGCCAGUCGCUAUGAUUCUCCCAUCCACUCAGCUUCACAUGCUCCAUCUUCUAAAACCUCAUCUCUCCCUGGCUAUGGAAGAAAUGGACUUCACCGGCCUGUUUCCACAGACUUUGCUCAGUACAACAGCUACGGGGAUGUGAGCGGCGGAGUACGAGACUACCAGACCCUCCCAGAUGGUCACAUGCCAGCAAUGAGGAUGGACCGAGGCGUGUCCAUGCCGAACAUGCUAGAACCAAAGAUAUUUCCAUAUGAAAUGCUCAUGGUGACCAACAGAGGGCGUAACAAAAUACUGAGAGAUGUGGACAGAACCCGGCUGGAGCGCCACUUAGCCCCAGAGGUGUUUCGGGAAAUCUUUGGGAUGUCCAUACAGGAGUUUGACAAGUUACCUCUUUGGAGACGCAAUGACAUGAAGAAAAGAGCAAAACUCUUCUGAAAGUCCCACACAAGGAUGGCAAUUAGAUAAAGGACUGGCAGUGGCUGGCGACGAUGCAUGGGAUGUUGUAUUAAGGUUCAAACUUGAUUGGAGAGUUUACAAGCUGCCAUCCCUCAGCAACAACAGCAAGGGAAAAGUCUGGUCACAGUACCCAGGAGCCAAAUAUUGGGCCAACUAACAGUUAACACUUGCCAAGAAGCAAUGGGGUAGAAAUUGCCAUGUUCCCAAACUCAGCAGUAACGUCCACACAUGACCUUUUCACACGACCUUGUGUCCACAACAGGAGCUUCUUUCUUUUCCUUUAACUGUCGUCUACCAUAACACUGACCGUACCAAUAAGAGCCAGCAAGUGCCCUAACACGCCUCAUGGGACAGUUGUGCUGAUUCCGCAGUAUGGACAUGUUUACUAAGUAGCACUGUGGUGAAAAAGGAAGAGGCUGGGGACACAUCUGUGUGGUAGCAGCAACCUUUCACAUGUCUUUCCUUGUUGGUAGCCUGCAGCAGUGCCUGUGCUCUCAUAGCAUCAGAACCAGGCAGCUCUGAUCAAGUAGCUGAAUGUCAGCAAAAAUGAUUUUUCACAAGCUCCUUUUUCUUGCCGGUUUGCUGAGACCUGGUUGGCAGGUCACUAGCAUUAUUUUUUUUUAAUAAGAGAAAGGAAAAGGAAUGAAGGCAAUCCUCCCUGAACUCUCUUUCUGCUUCAGAUAGUGUGCUAAACUCUACCUCCCCACCAAGACAGGAGCUGGCUUGGGCUCCACCUUUGCAAAGAAAGGAAAGGCAAAAAUUGUCUCCAGAUUGGCCCACCUGCAUGCUGCUAGGUGAUUUGUGCCCAUGGGUCAUAUUACUCUUAGCAAAAAAAAAAAAAAAAAAAAA